AUGGUGGCGUUGGUGAGGUGGGAACCAGUGAUGGAGCCUACAUACCCAUCGGCGAUCAAGUUUUGGGUCCGGAUGAUGGGAAUCCUACUCCACUUCUGGGCAGAACCCACAUUUCAGAGCAUUGGAGAGGCCAUUGGAGAGGUUUUGGAGGUCGAUAUUGAUGGCGGACGAGUCAAGGUUUGCCUUGAUGGGUAUAAACCUCUGACUUUUGAGACAACGGUGGCCUUCCAUAGUGGAGAAGAAAUGGUGCUCACGCUUCGAGAAUAUGCUACAGUGAGACGAGUCAGAGAGGAACGUGAAAGUUUGAAGAGGAGGGAUGAAAAACCGGAUGGUGGGGUGAUGAGUUACAAGGGUGUGGUCAUUAAUGGACCACACGGGGAUUCCAGUGGCGUGCGACAGCCUUAUGCCCAUCAUGUGGGUGAUCCAAAGGGCAAGGGAAAGGAGGUGGAAACUCGAGAGGAUAGAGGCAAAAGGAAUGUGGCGUUUCGGGGUAAUGGAAAACAUGGAGAUGAAAGCUCCGGUGUUCAAAGAAAGCCGGCAGGUUAUCUCCCCCCGGAGCAGAGGAAGAGGAUAAACAGACCAAUGGCAAUCCCGGGACAUCCGGCGCAUCAAGUUGAGACUCAUCCGGGUGGUGAUGCCAUCACAGAGAGAACUGGAGGGAAUCGUAUCAGCCCAAGUCAACACUCGGCGAAGAAGGUCCGAAAAGCGAUUGAUUUUACGGAGGCAGUGGCGGAAUUGGACGAGAUAAGAGACGGCGUAAACAAUGGGGAGAGGGAGAUGGUCGGUGAGAAUGAGGUUGCGGUGAUCACGGCGACAGAGCCGGUGGCUGAUCCAAUGAUUUUGGAACAAAUGGCGCAGGAGGAGAGGGAGGAAGGCGAGACUUGGUGGAACGAGGUGAUAGAGGAAGCGGAGGUUGAGAAAACGAUGGAGGAGUUUGAAGAGCUUUUGGAGAUCCAAGAGGCGAAAGAGAUGGCUCUAGACGAAGUUGAAAAGGUGGAGAACAGUCUCGGGGUGGAGAGGUUUAUGGAUGUGGAGGCCAAAGAGACUGGGAAGCAGAAACACGUGGCUGAGCGGAAAGUUGGAGCAAGGCGCGAGGUUACAAAACCACCGGUGGGUGUUGGCGGCUCUCUGAAACGCAUGCUACAGGGAGCAAAGACACCAAAGAAGAAACCGGUGUCUAAAGAGGGAACUCGUAUCGGGGACAUGGCGACGGGGAGUGGACCGGAGAAAGAUCCGUCAGAAGGAUCUGAGACGACUCAUCACGCUGUUUGA